UAAAGCUUUUUCUUCUUCUUUCUAGGUAACUGUGCACAACCCAGAAAAUCAAAGCUAUCUGAUAGCGUACAAAGACUCACAACUCAUAGUGUCCUCAGCUAAAGCACUGCAGCAUUGUGAGGAGUUAAUCCAACGCUAUAACCGUGCUGAAGACAGUGUCUGUUUACCAGACAAUAAGCCUCUGCCUCACCAGAAUGUAACUAACCACGUGGGCAAAGCAGUGGAGGACUGCAUGAGGGCCAUCAUCGGGGUCUUGCUCAACCUGACAAACGACAACGAAUGGGGUAGUACAAAAACAGGUGAACAAGAUGGUCUGAUAGGCACAGCUAUGAAUUGUGUGCUUCAGGUUCCAAAGUUCCUACCUCAAGAACAAAGAUUCGAUAUUCGGGUGCUGGGAUUGGGUCUGCUGAUCAAUCUGGUAGAGUACAGUGCUCGCAACAGGCACUGCCUUGUCAACAUGGAAACAUCCUGUUCUUUUGACUCCUUCUGCACGGGAGAAGGAGAUGAUAGCCUAAAGAUAACUGGACAGAUUGAUGCUGUUCAGGCUUUAGUGCAGCUGUUUCUGGAGCGCGAGCGAGCGGCUCAGCUGGCCGAGAGUCAGACAGACGAACUGAUCAAAGAAGCUCCAACUGCUCAGCAUGAUAAGAGUGGGGAAUGGCAAGAGACCAGUGGGGAGAUACAGUGGGUCUCCACAGAAAAACCAGACAGUACUGAAGAGAAAGAUAAGAAGGAAGAAGAUGAUGAAGAACUUGAUCUUAAUAAAGCUCUUCAGCAUGCUGGGAAGCACAUGGAAGACUGCAUUGUGGCCUCGUACACAGCAUUGCUUCUAGGCUGCCUCUGCCAAGAGAGUCCAAUCAAUGUGACUACUGUGAGGGAGUACUUGCCUGAAGGGGACUUCUCAAUAAUGACUGAAAUGCUCAAAAAAUUUCUCAGUUUUAUGAAUCUUACUUGUGCUGUUGGAACAACAGGCCAGAAAUCUAUCUCCAGGGUGAUUGAAUACUUGGAACACUGCUAGAUACUUAACUUCCGCUGCAGGCACUCUAAUGCUGGAGCUACCCUUAGACAAAAGAAGAAGUCAUGAAAGAAGUCCUUGAAGGAUAUACCCAGAGCAUUCAUCUGUGUCAUUCGUGUUCGGAUUUUUAAGGCUACCUGGUCUCUUAACCAUACAUUCAGCAUUUUCUAAAAGACAGUUACUACAUCAAUCUGCAACUAUCAAAAAUGAGGGGAAAAAGGUUCUGAGGAAAGUAAAUAAAGAAACCAUGCUGUUUAUGAUGCAGUGCAGUAUUUAAAUAUUUUUUUGGCAGGGUUUACCCUCCCUAUCUUUUUUUUUCUUGCUUUGUUCGUGACAGGUUUCAAGGGGAAAGACUUGCUGCUGAUAGUGCAACUGCUGUUUACUGUUGAGCCACUGUUUCAUGCCAGCCAGGUGCAAAGGCAGCUUAGCUACUGAGGUAUCAAACAAAUGUUCUAAUAAAGAAGUUCUGGACAGCAGCACUGCUCCUAUUUGAAUUUAAUUUGCUCUUGCUUUUUUAUUACUAGAUUAUUCCAAAAUCAUAAAAUAUAAAUUUUAAAUACUUUUGUGAUUUUAACUACUGUCUAUAUUUAAAAUUUGUUGGAAUCCAAAGAAGCGAGGAUUGGAUAGUUUAUUUUUUAUACUGUUUUGAUUGAAAUUAGGCUGUUGAACUAUUUCUCAGUUCUAAAACUAUAAUGGCCCAUGUACUGUAAACUGAUAGACCAUAACACUUUGUAGUUCCAAGAAGCAUGCAAACCCAUAAACACAGAAAGCCAUUUGAGGGUAUGUUAUCCACAAAAGGAAUAGUAACUGUAAAAAGUUGUGUCCUGUUU